AUGUCUGCCAACAACGGGAUUUUCAAAAUCUACGAUACCCCAACCAAUAUGGAUAUUCGCUUCAGUCGGCGAUUCCCAGCAGAUAUUGAGUCAAUGAUAUUUGAGGGAGCCUGUUAUAACAAACGUUUUGUAUGGAUAGGCGAGUCGUGGUAUACUGUCGCAACCGAUAGCGGAUCCUCAAAAUUCAGGCGGUCUUCUCGCUUUCGAAGUAAUGAACCUGUUCCAGCUAUCAUGCACGUCAAUGCAAAUGCUCGAGAGAUAGCUUUACGUCAUUACAAAGCUGGUUUCGCCAUCCAGGGGGAUUUCAACAAGGUUGACUCACCAGAGAUAGAGAACCAUCGCAUCUAUCUAAAUUCAACCUCUGAUAUUGUUUGCCCGGUAGGUAAACUGUAUCGUUAUUUUGUGGAAUGCUUGAAAGAUUUGAAGGUAGGGAAGGUUGCCAUGGAUAUCUUACCUCCUCUCAAUAUUUUCAGAGGGCAUUUCAAUUAUGCCAUCUGCCCAAGAAAUGAUUCCCAUAAAGCUGACUGGGUCAAUGGAGAUAAUGGGCCUACAAGUCUUUGGCUUCAUGAUCAACCUAUAGCGCGUUUUCAUGGGACAGAUAUAAGCGUAUUCUAUGGCUCGUCACAAGUUGCAUUAUUUUACUGCUGUGAUGCAAUGAAACGUACCAAUAAUUUGGCUAGGAGACUCGCCGCAACUCAUUCACUACAAGUCAGAAAGGAUCACGAUAAGGGAAAUGAAGGAACCCAGGCACAGAGGUUACUUGAAUUUCCAGAACAACUCUUCGAAAAAUCAAGCAACUGGCAGAGACCUAGGAGCAGGCUCUUGCUUCAAUGGCAUUAA